AAACCCUCUUGCUUGCCCUCCCAGUUCAUUGCUUUCCUAGUUUCACUAUAGCUUCAUGAUGCUUUACUGGGAUGAAGCAUGAAAAUACAAGUAGAGACUUUCCACUCUGGAAGCUGUUCAUUCAAUGUUUUGCUCCUGAAAAAGCACCACACAUGAAUAGGCGCUGAUAGGUGCACACAGAGGAAAUCUGACAGCAGCUGCUGCUGCGGUUUGUACAGUUGCUUUUUUGCCUGCAGGAGUUUUCUAUGGUCCUUCAGAAGGAACUUGUCCUGUAUUUCACUUAAAAUAACAACACAGAGGGUGUAUCAAACAUAUCUAAACUUCUUGUGACUCCUGUUGAUGAAGAAGCAUUCUUCCUGGCUUACAGCAGAGCUUAACCUCUGUCGAGACUGCCACCCUGACAAACAACCAGGAAUGUUACUUCAGAAUAAGGGUGGAAGAGCCAAAUCCGAAUGCGCAGAGACUCAUGUGCAUACAUGAGCACAUAUAGCAUGGUUACCACCUGAGGGCAGAAUUAAGGUGAUGUUUACUGAGCAAAACACAGGCUCCGCUGCACGCAGACACUUCAGCCACCAUGAAGACAGCAGGCGUGUUGCUGCUGUUUGCUCUAGCCCUUUGCUGCAUCCCAGAUUGCACCUAUCUACAGGGCUACUGCAGAAACUACGUGGUACCCAGCAAUGUCUGCACUAUGGAAUAUGUCCCACACUGUGGGUCUGAUGGUGUAACAUAUGGCAAUAAAUGCUUAUUCUGCAAUGCAUUCCUGAGAAGCCGUCGGACUCUUCGCUUGAGAUCUCUUCGAAAGUGUUAAUUUCUCGACAGGCUUCAGCUCAUAAAGAGGAAUCCUCCCUGGCGCCAUUCCCCAUGGCAGAUGCUCCCCUAAAGCCUUGCCCUGAACCUUGAAAGCUCCUGUUGAAUCCUAAAAACCUCUGCUUAAUAAAAAAGCCAUCAGCAUUUA